CCUAGAUUUGUUGCAAGCUGUGGGAGGGAGGAGAGUUCUUCUUCCAGGUGAUUUCCUUCAGACUGCCUGCUGGGGCUCAGAGGACCAGCUUCUUCCCUGUUGUCUCCUGAGCCCACUCCCUCUUGGCCAUCACAUUCCCCCUGCCCUAUGGCGGCCCUCACAGACCUCUCAUUUAUGUACCGCUGGUUCAAGAACUGCAAUCUGGUUGGCAACCUCUCGGAGAAGUACGUCUUCAUCACAGGCUGUGACUCCGGCUUCGGGAACCUGCUGGCCAAACAGCUAGUUGAUCGGGGCAUGCGGGUGCUGGCUGCUUGCUUCACUGAGGAGGGAGCCCAGAAACUUCAGCAGGAUACCUCCUAUCGGCUGCAGACCACCCUACUGGAUGUCACCAAGAGUGAAAGCAUCAAGGCGGCGGCCCAGUGGUUGAGGGACCAAGUGGGCGAGCAAGGCCUCUGGGCCCUGGUGAACAAUGCUGGUGUGGGCCUGCCCAGUGGUCCCAAUGAAUGGCUGACCAAGGAGGAUUUUGUGAAGGUGAUUAAUGUGAACCUGGUGGGACUGAUCGAAGUGACCCUUCACAUGCUGCCCAUGGUCAAGAGAGCCCGGGGCAGGGUUAUCAACAUGUCCAGCUGUGGUGGUCUUUUGGCCGUCAUUGGUGGUGGCUACUGCGUCUCCAAGUUUGGCGUUGAGGCCUUCUCUGACAGCAUCAGGCGUGAGCUCCACUACUUUGGGGUAAAGGUCUGCAUCAUUGAGCCAGGGAACUAUCGGACAGCCAUUCUGGGCAAGGAGAGCCUGGAGUCACGCAUGCGAAAGCUUUGGGAGAGGCUGCCUCAGGAGACCCGGGACAGCUAUGGAGAGGAGUAUUUCCGUAACUAUACUGACAAGUUAAAAAACAUAAUGCAGGUGGCAGAGCCCAGAGUCAGAGAUGUCAUCAACAGCAUGGAGCAUGCUAUUGUUUCCCGGAGCCCGCGCAUCCGCUACAACCCUGGCCUGGAUGCCAAACUCCUCUACAUCCCCCUGGCUAAGUUGCCCACCCCUGUAACAGAUUUCAUCCUGAGCCGGUACCUUCCAAGGCCAGCGGACAGUGUCUAAACUGGGGAGGCUCAAUGGGUCAGUGGAGCCUAGAAGUGGGGGUGGAAGGAAGGACUGUGGGGUCACAAAAGGUGGUAUCAGAUAUCCUGGGGGCACUGGCCGCAAAGGACACUUGGCUCAGCUGACACCCACUGCAGUCGAAUUUACCAGUAACUUCUAACAGAAGACGAAUGCCUCUUCCCACCCUCUGGGACCACACAGAAACCUGAGGUGGUAUUUGCAAGUUCAGCGAUCUGCAGCAAUGGCUCCAAGGACAUCUGUCACCCAGUCAGGAUAUGGCUUUUUCUGGUCCUGGAAAAGUCAUGGAGAAGAAAACCAGCUCCUCAGGAAUCAUGAGCCCCUUUCAGUUAUCACUGCCACUGAGAAAUGCUGUGGGAUAAUCUUGCCUCCAGGAGAAUCUAACCACCUUCCUACUGGGUGCCUCAAUAUGCAUGACUUCAUUCACAUAAUCCAUCACUGAAGUACGUAGCAGGGCAGAUAGGGAGUGCAAGAUUACAUCAGACAAAAGUUUAAAAUAUUUUCUCUCUUUUUAGAUUCUUCUAUCUAUAGGUGAUUGGGAUCCACAUGAAAUAACAUUCAUUUAUUUCAUCACCUUUGAGUAAUUUUUCAAAUAUUUAUUGAGCACCUACUACCUACAAGGCACUUUGUAGGUGCUGGGGGAAUAUAAAGAUGAUUAAACCAUGGUCUUGGUUAUUUAUUGUUUA